AUGUGGAAGCAGUUGGGUAAACCAUAUCUGACACCAGUAACGGUAAGAGCCAAAGCAGCAUCCGGUGACGUCCUCAGACUGGAAGGUGAGUUCAUAGCGAACGUGUCCAUUGAAAACCGUACAAAGCGAGCUACCAUAAGAGUGUCCAAAAUGGAGUUGGCGUUGUUGGGAGCGGACAUGGUUAAUCUUUUCGCCCUAGGAACGAUCCCGAUGGAUAAUUUUUGCAACAACAUUAAAGAAGCAGAUCCACGGUCCUGGGAGGACAAAUUUCCGUCGGUAUUCCAUGGCACGGGGAUUUGUACCAAAGCCAGCGUACAUCUGCAGCUACGAAAAGAUACCCGUCCAGUGUUUCGUCCCAAGCGCCCCGUUGCGUAUGCAAUGGAAGAGAUUGUCAACAAGGAGCUCGAUCGGUUGGAAGGCUUGGGCAUUAUAUCACCUGUCGAUUACUCGGAUUGGGCAGCACCAGUCGUUGUGGUCAGGAAGGCUAACGGACAGAUACGACUAUGCGGCGAUUAUUCGACCGGCCUGAAUGCAGCUUUACACCCGCAUGAGUAUCCACUUCCGUUACCACAGGAUAUUUUUUCUAAACUGGCUAGAUGCAAAAUAUUUACACAACUCGAUCUUUCAGAUGCGUUUCUCCAGGUGGAAAUAGAGACAGGAUGUCGGCCAUUGCUCACGAUUAACACUCACCGAGGCCUUUACCACUACAAUAGACUCCCCCCAGGCAUCAAAGUAGCACCGGGAGCAUUCCAGCAGAUCAUGGACAAGAUGCUCGCCGGCAUAAACGGAGUAUCAGCCUAUAUGGAUGACGUGAUUAUCGGUGGUAAAACGCAAGAAGAGCACGACAUCGCCCUGGAGGAAACAAUUAAACGCAUACAAGACUACGGCUUUACAAUACGAUCAGAAAAGUGUGCGUUCAAUAAGCCACAAAUCCGCUAUUUAGGGCAUAUUAUAGACAGCCAAGGCCUCAGACCUGACCCGUUGAAGAUCGAAGCCAUUAAAAAACUGCCUCCACCGAAAGAUAUCUCAGGAGUACGAUCGUUCAUCGGUGCGGUGAACUACUAUGCAAAGUUCAUCCCAAGUAUUAGAGAUCUGCGUUACCCAAUGGACAAAUUGCUGCAAAAUGACCUCCUGCUCACACAUUAUGACCCGAAGCUUGACAUUGUGGUUUCGGCCGAUGCUUCAUCUAUUGGACUUGGGGCAACGCUUAGUCACAAAUUUGCUGAUGGAUCUCUUAAGGUGGUGCAACACGCAUCUAGAGCGCUGAGUAAGGCUGAAGAGGGUUACAGCCAAAUCGAUCGAGAAGGUCUCGCCAUCAUAUUUGCUGUAACGAAAUUCCAUCGGAUGCUAUACGGUCGACAUUUUACGUUGCAAACCGACCACCGGCCAUUAGUGCGAAUUUUUGGAAGCAAAAAGGGGAUUCCAACGUAUACAGCUAAUCGAUUGCAGAGAUUCGCAUUAACACUUCAGCUUUACGACAUGACCAUCGAAUACAUCCCCACUGGUUCUUUUGGCAACGCCGACGUUCUUUCUCGCCUCAUACAAAACCAUGCAAAACCAGAGUCGGAAUACAUCGUAGCAAGCAUCGAAUUAGAGCAGGAUCUCAGGUCAGUUGUCGUAAAUGCCUUACUAACAUUCCCUAUUCGUUUCAGAGACAUUGAGCUCUACACUCAGCAAGAUCCGUCGCUCCAGAAGGUUUACAAGUACGUGCGAGAUGGUUGGCCUCGCGACGUAGCUUACGGAACAGAUCUUGCACGGCUCUACGAUAGAAGGGAAUCGCUGACCAACGUGGAUGGCUGCAUUCUUUUUGGAGAGAGAGUAGUCAUCCCGGAGAAGCUGCGCAAUCGCUGUUUAAAUCAACUACACCGAGGACAUCCGGGAAUGCAGAGGAUGAAAGCGGUUGCACGUAGCUACGUAUAUUGGCCUAAGUUGGAUGACGACAUAGCACGCUAUGUGGCCUCCUGCGAGGCAUGUGCAGCAGCGGCAAAAUCACCGCCAAGGGCAACAUCAAUGGCGUGGCCAAAACCUUCGGCAGUUUGGAACCGAGUUCACAUCGAUUACGCAGGCCCUUGGGAGGGCGUUUAUUUCCUGGUUGUAGUCGACGCGUAUUCCAAAUGGCCGGAGAUCGUCAAAACUACGAGCACCACCACAACAGCCACGAUUGCCAUUCUAAGGAACUUGUUUGCUCGUUUCGGUAUGCCUGCAACCUUAGUCAGCGACAAUGGCACACAGUUCGUUAGCGGUCCGUUCAAGGAGUUUUGUCAGCAUAACGGGAUUGAGCAUAUUACUACGGCUCCCUUUCACCCACAGUCGAACGGACAGGCGGAGCGAUUCGUCGAUACUCUUAAACGUUCUUUGAGGAAGAUCAGAACGGAGGAGAGUAAGCUAGAUGAGGACUUGGAGCUUUUCCUGAUGACGUAUCGUUCUACACCAAAUGCUCAACUCGAACAGCAGAAAAGUCCAGCGGAGGAAAUGUUCGGUCGCCCGAUAAGAACUGCAUUGGAGCUAUUGCGACCUCCUUCAUCGUGUGAAGAAUCAUCCCCAUCAUCAUCAAUUUCAUCAGUUCGCAGAUUUCAUCGCAGCGACACAGUUUGGGCAAAGUAUUUUAGCAACAACUCGUGGAAGUGGAUCCCAGGGGAGAUUGUCCGCAGCUGCGGGCGUGUAAUGUUCGAGAUCGUUGCCGAAGAUGGACGGUUGUUAAGGCGUCACGUAAAUCAGCUGAGGCGACGAGUUGGUAACGGUUCAUCACCAGCAGUUCAGCUACCCCUUGACGUGCUGUUGGCGGAAUGGAAGGCAUCCAGUCAGCCCGAGAGUGGACAUCAUGUACCGGCAACCCAUUCUACUGAUCAGUCUGCAUUUGAGACAUCCCAACACACUGCGGCCUCCACACCACCACAACCGCAGCAGGCCCUGGAGACCGAACAUCCUACAGAAGGUACGAACCAGCAGCAGAUAGGCGUGCCACGUAGGUCUUCUCGCGUUAGAAGACUCCCCCGUCGGCUUGGAGCCUAUCAGCUCAAUUAACAGGGAGAGAUGUUGUGCAAGCGCGGUCUUACGCUGGGCGCAGUACGCAGCCACAGGUACUCGGUGUUGUCUGGUAACCGACAGCAUCCGACGUAGCCGAAGGGUUCGUCGGUACUUCGCGCGGCGGCAAAGCGAGAGAGAUCGGCUCUCUUCCAUUUCGGGUGCCGUCGUAGCAGGACGUGUUUUCUACCGCGUAUCGUCUUUUUAUAUGUGUACAAUUUUUAAUGUGUUAGUUUACUAAAGUUAUUUUGUCGAACAAAAGCAUACAGUACCAAAACACAAAACCGUGUCUUUCUGCUGAGCUGUGAUCGUGACACAACGGGUCCUGUUUUAAUAACUUUUGUUUUCAUUUUUA